AUGAUAAUGAGCAGACCACCCACCCAUGAAGACGACCGCUGGCGUAUGAAGAUGACUGCCCUUCAGGAUACCAGUACAUUCUUCCAUCAAUCCACUCCACUCCCUCCUUCACUUCCUUCCCCUCCAUCACUCUACCACUCUCUCCCUACCACUUCCCUCUCCAUCACUUUCCAUCACACCCUCCCCCCUCUCUUCAACAUUUAA